AUCCUUUCCUGUAAAUUGUAAACUUGUAUUUAGUUCUUCCAAAAAUCCUUGAAUUUAGAGUAUUGCACCCAUAAGUAUUGAAAGAAAUGCUUCCACUGCUACUGCUCUUGCAUUCUUCAAUUACAGUGAUUAAAACAUAUGGGUUUUAUCUCAGUUAAUUUAUAUAGAGAUACAGCUCCGUGGUAGUUUUUGCCAUGUUGAAGUAUCUCGGAUAUACUAACAAAAACAAGCACUUCUUCAAUUUCAAUAGCAAUAUCAUAUAUGAAAUUUGUUAGAAUGAGGAGUAUGUAAGCUGUCAAAACCCAAUUUUAUAUAUUCUAGUUUUCUGACCUCAUUAAUACAUUUUCAUGUUUGCAACAAAAUCAUUGAAGUUUGGAUACAACAAAAUACAUCAGUUGGAUAGCUGAUGAUGCAUUAACAAACAGGGAAGAGCAAAAACCACUGCAGAGCUGAUAUCGUAAGUCUUAAUUUUUGUAGUCAACAAAAAUAUUUGCUUUCAUUUUGAUAUUUCACCAAACUCUUCUAAUUUAGUCUCUGUUUUAGAGUUAUGGCUUAGAGAAAACUGUAUCUACCUACAGAAAAUACUGAAAUGAAACUGUUGUUUUUAAUUAACAGCAUUAUUUUCCUCAAAGUGUCUUUUUACCUCAGUGCUGAUCCAGCUGAGGUAUAAACUGCUAAAUCCCCUAGCUCCGGCAUGUCAGCUCUUUAGUUCACACAGCAGCAACGUGCACCUUUCCCUUGGAAGCCUGAGACAGGGAUCAUGACAGUCUUUAGGCUGCCAGUAAAGAAAAAUCCUGUGGCUGGGCUACAAUGGAUUUCUGUGUUUUGAUUGCCAGGGAAAACACAAAGAUUAUUUUUUCCCCCCAUCUUCUGUGCUAUGCAAAAGCCUGCCACAUGACAGUAAUUAGUGAGUACCUGGUGAUGAGGGAAAUACAGAUCUCCAAGCGAUACAGGGUUUGUUAACUACACACAUCUAAUUACUGUCUUUGUAUGCACAGCCAGCCAAGGAAUUCAGUCAACUACAUUACAUUAGAAACGACAGGAGUUACAACUUCCUGUGGUGUCUUGCACUUUUAGAGGCUGGAAAAAUGUUGCAGGGUGAGAGGCACAAGCAGUGCUGUGAGAGCAGAGAUUACCAGUGGUGCCUACUGCAAUUACUCCUCCAAGGAUUUCCAGCCUUCCAGCUGCUGUUUGUUUUUGAUGGUCUUGUUAGGUGUCAUUUGGUGGAUACUACUUAUUCAGUGCCCAUUAAUUAGCAAACACACUUGUAGGACUUCCAUUAAAGGAUUAGGGGACUCAAAAGAGGAAAACAAAUCAGGUUUUUUUAGCAUAUCAAUAAUGUAGCAUUUUGAUCAUGAAAUUAUGGAGCUUUUAGGUAUAAGCACUGAUUCUGCUUGAUUUUUCCAUCUUUUGUUUUUAAGGCAAUUAAGUAAGACUAAGCAUGGCUAGGAUGUGAGUAGGUAAGACUAAGUUCCAAAAGAAACUUUUUUAUUUUUUAGAAUACUUGAGAAUCAGAUUAAAUCACUUUAGUUCUUGCUAGGUAGACAACUUUUAUUAUCUUGAGAAGGGAAAAAUAAAGACAUGUUUACUGCUUUCUUUUCUUCUUAAUCUGAAUUAUAUAGGCAGAUUCAGCAUAUACAAGUGCCGUAAUUGUACUAACAAAUAGUAGCAACAAUUUUUCAGUAAGAUGUCAUUAGGUAGUUUAACCUUGUUUUAACAUAGCAUUAAUGACUGUAUAUAAUGAAGAGUAAAAUUACAUGCAUAGUUAAGGAAUUUGUGUGUUCGAUUUACACAUUUAGAAUGAGCAGACAUGCUUCCCAUUUCUGGCUGCAACUGUUCUGCUUUUCACCUCUAAAGUAAGUGAGAUUAGCUGGAGGUAUCAUCUUUUCCAUCCCCUGAUGAAGAACAGCAUGUGCUCCAAAGCAUAUGUUGGGGUCAGGAAACACCCCAGGGUAAGAAUGAAAAUAGUGGGCAAAAAAGUAGGUGAGAGACAGAUCACUGAUCCUGAAACAUACAGUCCCUGGCAUAUAAUGCAGUGGUGCAUGCACUGGUACCUUGGCCAGCCUCUGCCAGCUUUCAUCUGUGCAAAGGAAGUAUUCCAGGUACAUUUAGAAAAGGUUCUUGCACCUUCUAGGUGCUAAGGCAAGACAUGAUUUAGGAAGUUCAGAAUAAACAGCCAGGCAUGGGUUGGACUUGUGCUGCUGGAUUGAUAAUGAUCUAAGCUGAAUCUCUAAUGUGCUGUGCAACAGAGCAGGGGACUAUGCUACCUUGUGUAGUAGGAGGAUGGUAGUUACCAUGCAAGAUAAAGACCUCAAUGUUUUCAAAAGAAAAAGCACCAGUUUGCCAAGCGAAAUUGUGUACUGAUGUUAAUCUGUGUCUGCAUACCUUCACUGCACACAGGCAAGCACAGUGAAAGCUUAAUGAUGGUAACCUGGAGAGCAACUUCUGAAAAAAGGCAGAGUUCUGCAUAAAAAAUGCAUGUGCCUCAGCUGAAUAAAUAACUUUUGUAUCACUGUAUGAAUCUGACAGUCCUCUGCACAAUGAUAAUGAUGUAAACUUCACUGUAAUGGGUUGAUACCAAUGUUCUAGAUGUUAGUGUAUUACUGGAGCAAUGAGAUGCGUGUUCCUUUCUUUUCUUUUUUUUUAACACUGGCCUCAGUAGGAUUUUUUGCAAGAGACGAAGGGAAAUGCUGCUGUCAACUUGCUUCAUGAAUGCCACUGGAGGGAAGAUUCAGAAUUUCCCAAGUGACUCAUACAUAUCUUAUGGCUGGAGAUUUCUGUGGGGUUGUCAGAGUGAUUUAGUUUCUUCUUUGGAAACUGCCAUCUGCAUCUGUGGUCUGUCAGCCCUCAAAGCUUCUAGUGCUAUCACCUGCUUUACAAGAGGACUUGACCUUAGAAGGGGGACAGAAGAUGUCCUUUGCCCAGCAAACUGUCCUCUGUGGCAAUUUUAUGUCUUUGGGGAUGGAGUUUAUGCCUCUCUUUCGAGUGUCUGUGGAGCUGCCAUACACAGUGGGGUGAUUACCAACACAGGAGGAGCUGUAAGGGUACAGACUCUCCCAGGACAGGAACACUACCCUGCUGUAAAUGCUAAUGGGAUCCAGUCUCAGGUGCUCUCUAAAUGGGCUUCGUCUUUCUCAGUGACUGCAGGUGCCAAGAACACAGCACUCGAAGCAGUCGGACGGUCGGUGUCAACAGCCCGUCCUUCCACAGGUAAAAGACCUAAGAAGACUCUUGAUAAAAAGGCUGGAAACAAAGACUGUAAAGCUGAUAUUGCCUUUCUCAUUGAUGGAAGCUACAACAUUGGCCAACGUAGGUUUAACUUGCAGAAAAACUUUGUUGGAAAAGUAGCUGUCAUGUUGGGAAUUGGAACAGAAGGGCCUCAUGUUGGGGUCGUACAGGCCAGUGAAUAUCCAAAAAUUGAAUUCUAUCUGAAAAACUUUACUGCUACAAAAGAAGUUUUGUUUGCCAUAAAGGAAUUAGGCUUCAGAGGAGGAAAUUCCAAUACAGGCAAAGCUUUGAAGUAUACAGCUCAGAAAUUCUUCUCUUUGGAAAAUGGAGCACGGAAGGGAAUUCCCAAGAUCAUUGUAGUGUUUCUGGAUGGCUGGCCCUCAGAUGAUCUAGAAGAAGCCGGCAUACUGGCCAGAGAAUUUGGAGUCAACGUGUUCAUUGUGUCUGUAGCAAAACCCACAACAGAGGAGCUGGGAAUGGUACAAGACAUUGGCUUUAUUGACAAAGCUGUCUGUCGAAACAACGGCUUCUUCUCUUACCAAAUGCCCAGCUGGUUUGGUACUACCAAAUAUGUAAAACCUCUUGUCCAAAAGCUGUGCUCACAUGAGCAGAUGUUGUGCAGCAAGACUUGCUACAACUCGGUCAACAUCGGUUUCCUGAUAGACGGUUCCAGCAGCAUUGGAGAGAGCAACUUCCGCCUCGUGCUUGAGUUCGUGAGCAACGUGGCAAAGGCUUUUGAGAUCUCUGACAUCGGCUCCAAGGUGGCGGCCGUGCAGUUCACCUACAGCCAGAGAACCGAGUUCGGCUUCACCGACUACGUCACCAAGGAGAAGGUGCUGUCGGCCAUCCGCAGCAUCCAGUACAUGAGCGGUGGCACCGCCACUGGCGAUGCCAUCUCCUUCACAACCAGGAAUGUGUUUGGGCCGGUGAAAGAUGGACCUAACAAGAAUUUCCUCAUUGUCCUGACUGACGGUCAGUCUUAUGAUGAUGUUAGAGGACCUGCUGCAGCUGCACAAAAAGCAGGAAUAACAGUCUUCUCUGUUGGUGUUGCCUGGGCACCUCUGGAUGAUCUGAAAGACAUGGCUUCUGAACCAAGAGAAUCUCAUACUUUCUUCACCAGGGAGUUCACAGGAUUGGAGCAGAUGGUUCCUGAUAUUAUUAGAGGCAUCUGUAAAGACUUUUUGGACUCUAAACAAUAAAAAAUCUGCUGUUCACUAUUACUAUUUCAAACUAAAAAUCAUGACAUUGAAAUGGUCCCUCUAAAGUACAGAUGUUUUAUUCUUAUAUAUAGAAUAUAUAUAAGAGGAAGAAGAAGGGUUACUUUUUGUUUCUGUAAUCAGCCAAAGAUUCUUGUGAGCUUGUUAGAAGUUGUACUUGAUCCUGAAGUGCAGAAUUUGGCCCACGGUUAAUAUUUUCAACAAGCAUAUAGCAUCCUGAUGUUCAAAGCUUUGCAUAUCGUGCCCUUAAGAAUAGCAGAUACUCAGAGGAAAUAAUACAGCUCUGACACUUUUUCUGACACUUGCUAGAUACCUUCUUCGGAGUUAAAAAAAAUAUAAUUUUAAAUACAAGGUACUACCUUCUAUAAGUUUUCUGUAGCUUACAAUUCUGCAUCUUUUCAAAGAGUUCUCUGAUAACACAAAGUACUUUCAGUGCUCCUCUUGUGCGACAUCCAUUAUUGCCAGGCAGCUUAAGAAAAGAUAUGUCAGAUUGUAGCUAAAAGAGUCUAUUUUUGCUAGCUGGGGUUUUGCUGGAUCUGGUUGGCAAAUUUUACAUCAAAAUUGGUAAAUUUUAUGCCCACAGAUUUCUGUGGAUCUGUUUGGUUGGUUCUGUUGGCACAGAAUUUUAAAGGUAUUUAAGGCACAGUAGUUCUUUGAGAAUCUGGAUCCUAAUAUAUUAGCUACUACUGCUGCUUUCUGCACCACUGAAGUCAACAGCGAUAUUCCAAAUAUAACUGACAACUGGAUAUUUCCUGUCUGCUGCCUUGUACUGUCUUGAUUUGACAAAGUUGUUAUUGGCCAGACAGUUAGAGACAGGACUCUUGGGCCAAGAGAUAAAAUGAGACCACACAGUGGGAACUGAAAGCAUUCAAAUUCAAGGCCAGGGGUAUCUCAAACCUUUAAAUCAGAUUUCAUGGUCAGAAAAGAAGAGAGUAGGCAGACACAUUAUGUUGGAUUUAGUAGUUCAGAAAAUAACACCUUCAUAAUGGUAGUAAAAACAUCUUUAUAGAUGUGUGAGUGCUGAAGAUAAAGAAUAGUUUUCUUGAAAAAGGCUUUCAUUUGGUUACAUACCUAGUAAUGUUGAUAUAUUUAUAUGCACACAUAUGUGGCUAAAAUGACGUGAUAUUCACCAAGUUAUUCCAGAGUCCUGGUGUGAAUAACAUACUCCAAGUAUUCUUUAGAAAAUAAAGGGGGUUUGCAAAUAAAAUGUAUAGUAGAAAACAAAACAGCACUUUCCCUAUCAAUCUGGGGUUUCCCUUUUUUCCUCUCCCCCAAUAUUGAUUGUAAAAUUUCUAGUAGUUUUGGAGUGGCACAGAAAGGAUUGUAUUCAUUGGGCUUUUGCUGUGCACUUUUUAAUAACUUAUAACUGGCUAUAUAUUACUCUGAACGUAAAUGGCAAAGAUGCCUUGUAUUUUUCUAGCAAUUGUUAUCCUUAAUUUUGUCACGUGUUUAUAAGUAAGAGUAUUAAGCUUUUGCUGUAUAAAUUCAUAUGCUAUAUCAACUUUGUGCAAAAAUUCAAUUAAUUUAGUUUAUAAACUUUUUAUAGAAAUACAUAUUGCAAGAAAACUGGGA